UGGACAGUGCUUGAGGUAAGGACGUUAUGGUGAGAGGUAAACGGUGACAAUCCGACUCUAAUCCCCUGUUCAAACAGCCAUCCGGCUAAUAUUGUUCAACAAAGUUAGUCAGCGUCAUGUCGGUGUUUCUGCUGAGAAUGUAUUUUAUCGAAUGUCCGGAUAUGUGGCAGUUUAAAAUACAUCUUCGAUCGCGGGGCCUGUUGCCAGUAACAUGGAGCCCCCGGGUGUGAAGACGCUGCAUUUGGGGAUAAGUAACAGCGAUAAAGGCUGCAUAAUGGGUCGUGUAAUUAGAGGUCAGAGAAAGGGUGCAGGCUCUGUCUUCAAAGCUCAUGUGAAACACAGGAAAGGUCCUGCAAAGUUGAGAGCUGUGGAUUUUGCUGAACGUCAUGGUUAUAUUAAGGGUAUCGUCAAGGAUAUAAUUCAUGACCCUGGUCGUGGUGCUCCAUUAGCAAAGGUGGUGUUCCGAGAUCCUUACAGGUUCAAAAGGAGGACUGAGCUGUUCAUUGCAGCAGAGGGUAUUCACACCGGUCAGUUUAUCUACUGUGGCAAGAAGGCUCAGUUGAACAUUGGAAAUGUCCUUCCUGUGGGUACUAUGCCAGAAGGCACCAUUGUGUGUUGCCUGGAAGAGAAGCCAGGUGACCGUGGCAAACUUGCCCGUGCCUCUGGUAAUUACGCCACAGUCAUUUCCCACAAUCUUGAGACUAAGAAAAGUCGUGUCAAGUUGCCAUCCGGUUCUAAGAAAGUUGUUUCCUCCGCGAAUCGAGCUAUUGUUGGUGUUGUUGCUGGUGGUGGUCGUAUUGAUAAGCCCAUACUGAAGGCGGGUCGGGCAUAUCACAAAUACAAGGCUAAGAGAAACUGCUGGCCACGUGUUCGUGGUGUGGCUAUGAAUCCUGUAGAACAUCCUUUUGGUGGUGGUAACCAUCAGCACAUCGGGAAGCCAUCAACCAUCAGAAGAGAUGCUCCAGCUGGUCGCAAGGUUGGUCUCAUUGCUGCUCGUCGUACCGGUAGACUGCGUGGUACCAAGACUGUCCAGGAAAAGGAGAACUAGUUUCUUCGUGUAUUUACAUAAAUUUGGCACAAUAAAAAUUACUUUUUAAAAAAAAAAA